AAAAAAUCAUUUUGCAGCACCCUCCUCGCUAAAGUAGGCCACUUCCUUAUCUGCCCAAAAAUCCAAUCUUCCCUACCUGCCAACGUGUUUCCGGUGCGAAAUAUACCUACCCGUCGCCUAAAGAACAAUAACGACACUUCUAUCUUCCUCCCUCAUCCUCUGUGAACCCUAGUUGAAUCCCAUCACAGAAUUAGGGUUAGCUCGUUAAUUCCUUCAGUCCCAGGGGCUACUCUUUUUUCUGCAGUUUUAUUUUAAUAGGUUGGUGUCGUUGUGUGGAAUGGCCUCUGUAUCUAGUCAGCCGCAGUUUCGCUAUACUCAACCCCCAUCUAAAGUGCUCCACUUAAGAAACCUGCCAUGGGAGUGCACGGAGGAAGAGCUGAUUGAACUUGGGAAGCCAUUUGGUAAAGUUGUGAACACAAAGUGCAAUGUCGGAGCAAACCGGAAUCAAGCUUUCAUUGAGUUUGCUGACUUGAAUCAAGCUAUCAAUAUGAUAUCAUAUUAUGCUUCAUCCUCAGAGCCAGCUCAAGUACGGGGAAAGACUGUCUAUCUGCAAUAUUCUAAUAGGCAAGAAAUAGUAAACAACAAAACAACUGCUGAUGUUGCUGGAAAUGUACUCUUGGUAACAAUUGAGGGUAAUGAUGCUCGCCAAGUCAGCAUUGAUGUUCUACACCUGGUAAGAAAACCGCCCAUGUCAAGGAAAUAUCUCCAGUGGCAGCUUAGUGCAUCAGGGGAAAGAGCACAUGUAUUUUCAGCUUUUGGGUUUGUGCAUAAGAUUACUACUUUUGAGAAGACAGCUGGAUUUCAGGCAUUGGUGCAGUUUUCUGACACAGAAACAGCCUCCUCUGCAAAAAAUGCACUGGAUGGACGAAGCAUCCCUAGGUAUCUGCUUCCUGAGCAUAUGGGUCCAUGUACACUUAGGAUCACAUACUCUGCUCACACUGAUUUAAGUGUGAAAUUUCAGAGCCACCGUAGCAGGGACUAUACAAACCCCUACCUUCCUGUUGCACCAUCUGCAAUAGAUGGAAGUGGUCAGUUGAGUUUGGGUCUUGACGGGAAGAAGUUAGAGCCAGAGAGUAAUGUUCUUCUUGCAUCUAUUGAGAACAUGCAAUAUGCUGUUACCCUGGACGUUCUACAGAUGGUCUUUUCUGCUUUUGGUCCAGUUCAAAAGAUUGCGAUGUUUGAUAAGAAUGGUGGGCUUCAGGCUUUGAUUCAGUACCCUGAUGUUCAGACAGCAGUUGUUGCCAAAGAAGCCUUGGAAGGGCAUUGCAUAUAUGAUGGAGGGUUUUGCAAGCUUCACAUCUCAUAUUCACGCCACACUGAUCUCAGUAUCAAGGUCAACAAUGAUCGGAGCAGAGACUAUACAAUCCCAAACACUGCUAUGGUGAACCCCCAACCUUCUAUUCUGGGGCAACAGCCAGCUCAAAUGAUAGGUCCUGGUGCUCCCAACUUCAAUGCAACUCAAUACCCUCCAAAUGCAGAGCAGGCCAUGAUGCCUCAACAUUCAGGUGGGUGGGGCUCUGCUGUUCCACCAGUGCCUCAAUCUAUACCUAUGCAGAUGACCAGUCAUCCUUAUAUGCCACCUGCAACUAUGCCUCAAAUGGUUCCUGGAAUGAUGCAAAUGCCAGCUCACACCAGCCCUAUGCAGGCAGGGACAAGGCCUCCAUAUGGGCCUAACUCAAUGCAAUAGAAAUCAUCUGAAGUUCUUGCUUUGCUGAGGUUUUCUACUAGGGAAGUGAGAUAUUCAAUUCAGAGCAUCACCCACUAGCAUACCUGAGGAAUCUCACAUUCCUUAGGAUUGGUUAAUUUUUUGUUAUCUUUCUGAAAUUUUGAUGGGGAGAUUUUAAAUUAGAGAGUGGAAUAGAGUCCUGUUGCGAGCUCAAGUCUGUGUUACAAACCUUGUUUGACCAUGUUCAAAACAUUUGGAUAUUCAUCUAGGUGAAGGAUGUUGGCAGAAAGAGCAGCAUUUAUUAAUUUUGUUCUCCCCUUUGGCUUCCUUGAACAGUGUCAUACCUGGAACUGGAUUCCUUGUUGGUAACUUGGUAUUGAAUAAUAUAUUGUUGUCUCUGGU